AUGUCUACCAAUAACAUGGACAAGCAAUUAAGACGAUGUUUAGACGCUGCUAUAGAAACUAUGUAUGAUGUAAUAAGAAAACUCCGACCAUCAGCUAUAUCUGAAUCAAAUACUUUGUCCAUAGAUUCGAUUUUGCAUGAUAUGAAUACAUUUACAUUAAAUAUAGAAGAAGAUGAAGAAAUGGAUAAACUUCAAAAGAAAAUCGAAGAUAUUCUUAAUAAGCAUCUACCAUUUUUAUCUUCAAUGUAUAAAAGUUAUGUAUUAAAUUUUUUACAUCAGUAUGACUAUGAUUAUGAUCAACAAAUUUUCAAGGAUCAUUUAAGUAUGAGUACUAUUCUUCCAUUAUGUCGUGGUUUUCAAAGUCUCUUAGCUUCAAUUGAUGCUUUUCAAGCUGCCUGGGAUGGAAAAUUAGAUAUUGUUGAAGAAUUUAUUAAAAAUUAUCCAACUAUAAAAGAUAAACCUGGACUGUGGGGUACAACUCUUUUAUAUUCAGCAGCAAGAAACGGUCAUAUAGAUGUGGUAAGGUAUCUUGUUGAAACAGCAAGAUGUUCUGUUAACGCCCAAAAUGAACAACAUCUUGAGAAAAUCUUAUCAUCAGAUACGAAAAGCUCUGAUUAUGAGGCUAGAUCAAGAGCAGCUUCAACGGCACUACAUGGAGCAUGUUUUAAUGGACGCUUAGAAAUUGUUAAAUAUUUAGUUGAACAUGGAGCUGAUUAUUUUAUAAGAAAUCAAGCCUCAGAAACGCCACUUCGAAAUAUACGACAUCAUGAUAAUAUUAAACAAUACUUUCGAAACUAUCUUAUCUUAGGUUAUUCAUCAACUAUAAAUGAUCUACCAGAUAAACCUAUAUUGGAGGAAACUACACUAAUAGUAGAUUGUAUUUGGGAAUAUAAAUUACUCAAUGAUCGAGAUUGGCAUUCAUUUUCAUCUAAUGAAUCAGAUAUAUUACAAAAGUCUUUAAUAAUAGAAUCUGACCAAGAAUUUAAAUGUGAAAUUCGUUUAACAGCAGCCGAUGACAUUUAUAGUAUUUCAAUGACUAAAUUUCUGCGUUCAAGUACAAAUCUCGAUAAAAAUAAUUUAGCUUGGGUUCGAUGUCAUGGUUCAUCAAUUUUAAAUUUUGAUUGCUCUUCAUUAUGGCAAAUUAUGUUUUUAACACAUCCGAAAGCUAAAUCAAAUUCUAUACCAUCUUUAGAUGUCUCUAAUAUUCCAUCAGUAGAUGAUUCGACAUUCGAAAUAGAACUUCAUUCUUGGUAUAAUUGUGACGCAAAUACAAAUUCACGAUUAGAUGACGCAAUGAAUUAUCGUCAAAAAAUGGUCGAUUUAAGUUUAGAUUUUAUUAGUGACAAAAAUUUAAUUUUCAAUCUUCAAAAAUUUUCAUUUACAAAUAAGAGAGGGACUAUUACAGGUUUCAUUCGAUGGAUACCAAAAUUAGUAUCAAAUAAUGAACAAGAUAAAGAUAAAACGAAAACAAUAGAUAAUUUUUCAGAUAUGACAAAUUUAAAUCCAAUACCUCUCACAAGAAAACGUCUUCAGCAAACAAGCAAUGUAAUUGAUGGUAGUUUAUCUAAAGAUGAUGAAUUAUUUGAAGAUGGAAAUGGUGAUGAUACAGCCUCAUUGACUUUUUCAAAUGAUGUUGAUGAUGAUGCUGAUCAAGAUAAUGAUGUCUUGUCAAGAUCAAAUAAGGUAAAUAGGAGCUAA